AUGUCGGAUACAGAAGAUCUUUCCUUGCCUCGUGCUACAGUUCAGAAGAUACUCUCAGAGAUAUUGCCGAAUGACAUAUCUUUCACAAAAGAAGCUAGAGAAGCUUUAAUUGAAUGUUGCAUCAACUUCAUAAUGAUAGUUGCUACAGAAUCAAAUGACAUUGCAGAACAAGAUUUGAAGAAAACGAUAUCGACGGAUCAUGUCAUACGAGCAAUUGAUACUCUAGGGUUUAGUCACUAUGUUCCACUAUUGAAGGAGUUUGUUGAAUCAUGUCGAAGUAAUGCCAAAAUGAAGGAAAAACGUAAAGAAAGUAAGUUUGUCAAAUCCGGCCUUACGGAGGAAGAACUACUAGCCAAACAAGAAGAACUAUUCAAAGCCAGCCGGGAAAGGUUGAAUAAAUAA